AUGGCCCUGACUGAUGUGGAUGUGCAGAAGCAGAUUAAGAACACGAUGGCUUUCAUCGAGCAGGAAGCCAAUGAAAAGGCAGAGGAAAUAGAUGCCAAGGCUGAAGAAGAGUUCAAUAUCGAGAAAGGACACCUUGUGCAAACACAGCGACUGAAGAUUAUGGAUUAUUAUGAGAAGAAGGAGAAGCAGAUAGAGCAGCAGAAAAUAAUCCAGAUGUCCACCAUGAGAAACCAGGCAAGGCAGCUGAGAGCCCGAGAUGACCUCACCUUGGAAUUGCUCAGAGAUGCAAAGCUGAGACUCAGUAAAAUUAUAGAGAUCCCAGAAAUCUAUCAGGAGCUGCUGGAUAAACUAGUGCUCCAGGCUCUGCUCCGGCUGCUGGAGCCCGUAAUGAUUGUCCGCUGCAGGCCACAGGAUCUUCACCUAGUGGAAGCUGCGGUGCAGAAAGCCAUCCCUCAGUUAAUGAUGCUCUGUCGAACACAUGCAGAGGUCCAGGUUGAUCAAGAGGCAUAUUUGGCUGUAAACGCAGCUGGAGGUGUGGAAGUCUACAGCGGUGAUCAGAAAAUAAAGGUUUCCAACACCCUGGAAAGUCGACUGGCUCUCUCAGCCCAGGAGAAGAUGCCAGACAUACGAAGGGCUUUGUUUGGAGACAAUACCAAUAGAAAAUUCUUUACAUAA